CUUUCAAUACUUGCCACAAAAUCACGGGAUAUUCGGAGUUGGAAGGACCCACAAGGAUCAUUGAGUCCAACUCCUGGGCCUGCCCAGGACACCCUAAGGGUCACACCAAAUGGUGUGUUGUCCUGAGAGUGUUGUCCAAACUCUCCUUGAACUGUCAGGCUUAGUGCUGUGACCACUUCCCUGGGGAGCUGUUCCAGUGCCCAGCCACCCUCUGGAUGGAGAAUCUUUUCCUAAUAUUGUGCCUAAACCUCCCCUGACACAACUUCAGGCCAUUCCCUCAGGUCCUUCACUGGUCACCACAGAGAAGAGAUCAUGCCUGCUCCUCCUCCUCCCCUUGUGAGGAACCUGCAGACAGCAAUGAGGUCAGUCUCCUGCCCUCAGUCUCCUCCAGGCUGAACAAACCAAGUGACUUCAGCCGCUCUUCACACGGCUUCUCCUCCAGACCCAUUGCCAUCCUUGUUGUCCCCCUCUGCACACUCUUUAAUAGCUUUAUAUCUUUCUUAUAUUAUGGUGCCCAAAACUGCACACGAUGUUUGAAAUGAGGCCACGGCAGUGCAGAGUCAGCUCCACUUUUAUGAGUGAUCAUCGAGCCACUUUUGUUCUGGAAGGUCUGAAAGCCUAAACUCUUGACUCCAUCACUUUGGAAGCCCAGUGACCCCAUAGCUCUGGCAGGUGGGCUGAGAGGGGGCAUGGCCGAGGAGGGAAGCCGCCUCUCCUGCUCUCCAGCCCGGCGUGGGUUCCUUCCGCCUCCCCAGCCCAGCAGCCGGACAGAGGGACGGACAGACGGAGGGACAGAGGGACGGACAGAGAAGGGCGGGUCGCGGGGCGCUCCCUGCCCUGCCGGCCCCGGCACCUGCCGUGACGCGGGCGCCGGUAGGGGGCGCUGCCGCCCGCUGCGCCUGAGGGCGCGGCGCGGCCGGGCCGGGGCUGCGGGGGCGCCGCGGCAGCCUCUGCUCCGCUCGCCCAGCGAGCCCCUGUGCCCCUCCGCCCCGCGCCCCGCUCCACCUCUGCCGCCCGCCGGCUCCCGAGGGCUCGAACCAGCUCCCGAAGGAGGCUGGGAUCGAGCCUGGUCUUGGGAACGGAGCGCCCGACCCGGAGCGGGGAGUUCGAUAGGAAAGACGCGAGGUCUAGAGGAGGAGAGUUUCUUUCCAGAGUAGGUCCUGCUUCUUCGAAGUUUCCAAUUGCUGCCUGGAUUGAAGCACUGUAUCUGUGAGAGCAGAUCUGACAGCUCUCCCCCGUUCAGAGGCUUCAAGUUAACUGUGAUCAACAGA